AUGGCUUCUUCUAAGGAGGAGUCUGCGGAGUAUGACCCGUGGUUCGACCAGAUUUCCCUGGGGAUUGCCCCAGCGGAUGAUGCGGUCGGCGGCUCAACGGGCAACACAAAGGUCGUCAUCAAGAACCCCGACGGUAGCACUGUGGAUGUGGACUCCCUAAAUGUCUCAGACAAGAUGAAGGACUUGCUGAAGGCAGUCGACUCUGACGGCGGUGGUACGCUGGAUGAUACGAAUGUCCAACAUGCCCUGCAGCUCUUCGGAACGAUGAAGGAGGUGUUCGGCAGCAAAGGCACCAUGUCCCACAAAGAAGCUGAGAACGGUCUUCACCUGUUGCAGCAGCUCUUCAAGGACAAGGCGGCUAACGCGCAUGAGGUCUCGUACAUGCACAUGCCCGAGUGUGUCCAGGAAGUGAUGAAGGAGUGGGACUUGGAUCGAAGCGGCAGCGUGAGUGUAGUGGAGUUGUCCGCAGCGGCGAAAGCCCACAGGAAGGUCAAGGAGGAGGGAAGAAUCAUGAGGAGGAUUAUCGUGGCACUGUCGGCCGUGAUUGUGCUGCUUCUCACGGGCAUGUUUGUGAUGUCUUACUUGGCGGUGGACAUGGCAAAGGAUCUGACAUAG